AUGGAUUCUCAAAAAAGGAAGCGUCUAAUAAUUUAAUAUUCUCUAAAAUUAAAAGAACUUAAAGAAGGAAGAGAUGAUUCAGCAUAGAAGGGAUCAAGGACUCAUUAAAAAUCUCGAGUAUUAAAAACUGAGUCUUCUAUCUCAAUGGUAAAAUAGCCAUAAUAAUUGUAAAUGCCUCCUGUAGAUGAUAUAAUUUCAAAGGGGGAAUGCAAAUUAAUAUUUUUAUAAACUUAAUCGGAUGAUACAGGUUUUCGAACAUUUAAUGAGAUGAUGAGGACUAAUUCAAGUUGGUUAACAUAAGCGGAUAAAUUGGUAAAUAGUCUGAAUAGUCCAUUAUAAUUAAAGAAUAGACUUCAAUUUAAUCAUAGUUAAGCACUGAAGUUCAAGAAUCGAAUUGAAUAGAAAUGGAAUAUGACUGUAAAAGAAGUAGCAGAUUCAAUAAUACAAAAAUAAGAAUAAAAAGAAUAAUAGAAAAUAAAGUUAGUUCAUUUGAAGAUAAAUCAUAAUGAUACUGAAGAUGUAGGUUAAUAGUAAGAAGAAUGUUCUUCACCAUCAUUAUCCUAAGAAGUGAUUACAACAAAUUUAAAGUUUUUUUGGUUUCAUAUAUAAAUAUCAGAUUGGAAACCACCAAUUCGUGAAGGAUGUACAGUUACUUAUAUUUAAAAUUUGAAUAGAUGUAUUAUGUAUGGUGGAAUAGGAAAUGAUUUAUUUAAGACUUUUGUAACUUUGAAUACAUAAACAUGGGUAUGGAAAGAUAUAGGAACAGGAGUAGGUGAUGUUCCGUUAGAAGGUAGAUUUGGCCAUACAGCUACACUUUAUAAAUAAUAAUUAAUAAUUUAUGGAGGUGAAAAAAAAUAUAAUAAUGCUAUGAAAAUGAGAGAAUGUUAUGGAGAUGUUCGUAUAUUUACUCCAAGUGAUAAAACAUGGAUUUAACUUAAACCUUAUGGAGAUAUAGUUGAAGGAAGACGAAAUCAUUGUGCAGAAGUAGUUGGAAAAUAUUUCAUUGUUUAUGGAGGUAUCAAUUCUUAUGGAAAAGUAUUAACAGAUGUAGCUGGACUUAAUUUAGAAUCCUGUAAAUGGUAUUUUCUUAUAUAUUAUAAUAUUAGGACAUCAUUUCAAAUUGAAAAUUCACCUGGAUUAGAUGGAGUUUCUGAUGCAACUUCCUUAGCCAUGUUUAAAAGUGAAGUCAAAAUGGAAAAUCCAUAUUUCAGUUAUGAAUGGGUUAAAAAGAAGGGAAAAUCCUUUUUACCUAUUACUUCUGAAGGCAUUUAUGUUUUUGGAGGUAGAUUAUAAAAUGGAGAAGCUGUUAAUGAUCUUAGAAUUAUUUAAUUUGGAUUCAAACCUAUCAAAAUUACUAAAAUCAAAACUAAAGUAUUCUAAAUUUGUUAAUUAGGGAUAACCUCCAUUAGCUCGAUAUUCUCAUUCUAUGAAUUAUUUUAGAUAAACUAAUGUUAUUAUCAUUUAUGGAGGUAGAAAUGAUUCUAAAUAAGGAAAUAUACUUAAUGAUAUAUUUGUAUUACAAAUAUAACAAUUCUAAUGGUCUUAGGUUUAGUAGAUCUAAUAAUUGUAAUCAUUUCCAUUUAAAUAGAAAACAUGGUAAAUGUAGACAUUCAAGUGUAUCUAUAGAUUCUAAAAUACUUAUUUUCGGAGGAUAUGCUUAACAUGUUUUUGCUAAUGCUGACAUCUAAUUAUUAGAAUUAGAUUAAAAUAAAGUGGCUAAAAUGAUUAAAGAUAAUAAAAAUAACAAAAACAAAGAUGUUGUUAUUCAUAGUGAUGAGUUAGUUAAUAAUAACACACUUAAAGUCUUUAAGACUGAAUAUUAUAAUGAAGCUGAAGAUCCAGAUCUUAAACAAAAAAAAAUAUAAGAAAAUGAAAUUCAAAGAUUAUGUUAUAGCAAUUUUAAAAGUUUUAUGCCACUGCCUUAAUAAAAUCAUUCAUCCUUGGUGAGCGAAUACAAAAACAAGAGAGAAUAAGCUAAAUUAGAAAUUCUCAAAAAUUAAUUUAAUGAUUUAAGCAGAAGAAAUAGCCGUAGAACGACAAGUGAUUUUAAAAUUAUUGAGUAAUGA